AUGAACGAAGUGGAGUCGCUGGGGCGCUACCGCUCGAACGCCGACGGACUCACGACACGCACGUCGACCGAACAGGAGCAUUGCGAGUCGAGCUGCAGUCUCUUCUUCUUUCCGCUCGCUGAGCUCCCGCUGGACCAGCAGCUGCAGCUGCAGCAGCUGAGCUUUAUCAACACGGAGCUCGAGCCGCUUUUAAUGCGCGACAAGCACGUGGCGUAUUUGAAACGUGGGCUCACGCGUCUGUCUUCGGGUUUCGUCACGCUGGAUGCAAGCCGGCCGUGGAUCAUUUACUGGAUCCUUCACGCUCUGGAGCUCUUGGAUGCCUUGCCAGAAGACGAAACAGCACGUGUCAUUGAGACGCUGAAACCUUUGUGGGACGCUGAUCACAGUGGCGGCUUUGGUGGCGGACCGAAGCAGUUGGGGCACACGGCCACUACUUAUGCGUCGUGUCUGACGCUUGCUUUGCUUGGAACACCCGAGUCAUUCGAGUCGGUGGACCGACAAGCACUAUACCGGUUCUUCCUAGCGAGGAAGCAUGCGGUGUCGGGGGCCUUCAUGGCCCAUGAUGAAGGUGAAGUGGAUGUCCGCGUGACUUACUGCGUCAUUUCUAUCGCCAGUUUGUUCGGUAUCUUGACGGAUGAGCUCAAGGCUGGUGUGGCGGACUACGUGCUGUCUUGCCAGACGUACGAGGGCGGCUUUGGUGGCGAGCCAGGGAACGAGGCUCACGGUGGAUAUGCAUUCUGUGCCGUCGCAACACUGUAUAUCCUCGAAGCCGUGCGUCAGAUUCGCGACCUUCCUGGACUACUGCAUUGGCUUGCGAACCGGCAGAUGCCCUUUGAAGGCGGCUACCAGGGACGAACCAACAAGCUCGUGGACGGGUGCUAUAGCUUCUGGCAGGGUGCCGUGCCGGCGCUUCUGGCUGAGACAGUGCGAGAGCGAUAUGGCAAGGACGUGCCGUACCAGUGUCACCAGAAGCAGCUCCAAAAGUACAUUCUGCUUUGCGGGCAGGAGAUCACAGGCGGUUUGCGCGACAAACCUGGCAAGCCGCGUGAUCACUACCACUCGUGCUAUUGCCUGAGUGGUCUGUCCGUCGCUCAACACGGUGAUGGCCGAGGUGAACCCAUCGUGUACGGAGAUGCCUCGAAUCUUCUAAAGCGCACUCAUCCUGCGUACAACAUCAGCUACGACAAGGCUAUGAGGACGGUCGAGUACUUCCAGGCAAAAGGUUCGUUCCAGCCUGAGUAG